UUUCCACAUCUCUUUAGAUGCGAUCCGGUGCUCUGAGGUACCCCAAAGGAGCCCAUGCCUGACAAGGCCUUUGCGUCAGAGGCGCUGGUAAUCCCCCGACAGUGCAGUCCGACACUCCGAAGUCUCCCACGAGAGCCUCGCUGCCGAGGUGGUGAAGAUAAACACACAUGUGGGGUCCGGCAUGCGGCCAUCCUGACUCGAAAGGACCGGCACAUCUAUCACAGUUGACCACUGACAAGGCGCUUCCCGGGGCGAUACAGCUCCCGGCAGUUCAGCCAAGAGCAGGCAGGAAAGCGGACUUGUCGGGCCCAGACGGACUUCCCCCCGCGGUAGCGUUUUUGUGAUGCUGCGCUAUCUUGGGUUACACAGUUCGGGCGCUAGCUGAGAGCCAGAAGCGAGGCUCCAGUAAGCAAGCAUGCUCUGUACCGCGAUCAGGAGGGAAGUGCUUCCUAGCUUAGCGGUCUUGUGCCUGUUCGGAACGCUGACCUUCGCCGAUGGAGAACCCGCGGCCGGGAAAGCCGCGUCUCUCGCAGGCCGGGAAUUCCAAGGGGCUACGGAGGGGGCACAGGCGGGGGAGGGGUCUGCCUUUACCGACAGUGAGAAGAGGAAGGCCAUUGAGGAGACACAAAGGCUGAAGAAAGCAGUAGGCGAAAGGUCAACAGCGUCUUGGGCUGCUGAGGGACUUGGCGCUGUCCUGCCCGAGGUUGAAACUAUCAAUGUCAGAACUAAUGUUCCGGUCACGGGGGAGGGGCAGACUGCCCACGCCUCGCCUUCCCCCAGCCUGGCGGCAGAGACCUUAGCACAGGUCCUGGCACCAGGGUCCGGUCAGUGUGCCUACACCUUCAUCGUGCCAGAAACCCUAGCGAAACAGACCUGUAACGCCGCGGACACCGGCAUCAGGCAGCAGGACAUACAGGCCAUGUCCCGCCGGUGGGAAAUCAUGCAGACCCAGAUCGCUCAGCUCCGUAGCGAACUGACCACGCGACUCCUGGAGACGGAGAGGAACGUCCUGAACAAGUCCGCGGAGUUCAUGAAGAGGCUGCACCGCGAGGAGAAGCCGAGCGUGCCGCAGCCGGCUCCACCGGACCGUAGUCUGGAGAUAGAAAUAAGACAACUGAAGGACAGACUGGCCGUCAUAGAAGGCUUAAAUAGUAACCAAGACAACCUGAUAAGGAGUCUUGUACGGGACAGAGAAGAAGUCGACAAAGUACUAACGGCACACGAGACGCUCAUUCAGCAACUAAAACUCAGUAUGAGGCAAGAGCGAGAGAAAAACACCAAAUUCCAAAUGGAAGUUCGAAACUUAGUCUAUAACCAGAGUGGGACAAUUCUACAGCUCUUCGAGCAGGUGAACGCGCUAGGCUCAGAAAGGACACCGGAGCGGCAACCCGAGGGCGGGACUUCCACUCCGCUCAGACAUGAAGACAUGCAGCAUUUGGCGAGAAACCAGAUCAACUUGAGCCGGAGGCUGAGCCUACAGCAGUCCAAACUGGAGAAUCUCACCACCGAGAUCCGGAAGAUCAACGUGGGGAGGGAGGUGGUCCAGGGCAGCAGAGAAAAAAGUAUAGCAGAAAUGGAAUCCAAGAUUCAGACCCAAGAAAAGCUGAUCGCUAACCUGACUCAGAUCGUCUUCAAACUGCUAAUACAAGAUCCGCCGCCCGUGGAUGAGAACUAUUGGACGGCCUACAAGUUCCAGUAUGACGACACCUGUAACAGUUGCCAUGGCGACCAGUACGUCAAACGUACCAAGUAUGACGUCGGCAAAUACGUCGGUGUCGUCCUCUGUACGCCCACGCGUUAUAAGAUCUUCCUGAGUGACUCGCUGACAGGUCUGUUCCGUAACGUGGCGGACAGGGUAGGGCAGGGGCAGGAUCACUGCGAGUUCCUGGGCUCUGCCCGUGAUGCCUCAGCCAUAGACCCGUAUUACUCCUACUGUAAGCAAGCCACAGGUUUUUGGCGGCGGUACCGAGGAGAAGACCCGAAGUACGGGCCGAUCGGGUACGACGGAACCGGCAAGUUCUUCGGGAGGUGGUACGAGUGCGGCAUGCCCAUACCAUAAGACACUCAACGCUAUGUGGAAAUGUCGGCGAGACGUCUAGCACUGUAUGGUUGCAUUGGGAGGAAUUUACAUGUACGUAAAGAAAAACGAACAGAACUCAAUAAGACAUGUCACCCUUGGGAAAAGUUGGGUUUUUGUUGAAAUAGGUUUAAAGGUUAACGUUGUUGCCUACAUGUCAGAGAAGGUUUAAUUUGUUUUAGACCGUUGUGUAAUUGCACGUUCUAUGGUGCUAUGUUUCCAUGGUUCUUCAAACUAAUGUGGGAAAAACGUCACUAAACAUAGUGAUAUAAGUUGUUACAAUCGUACUUACUCUAUCUGUAUAUAAGCUAGAAAGUAUGUGCAAGGCAUUUAUUUACAUGCUGUUUCUCGUUAAUUGAAAUAACGUUUAGUUUUAACAAGGAGGUUAAAUCAGUUGAAUUUAAAGCUCCUUGGUUUUGACAAUUUUGCUUGUUGCUCCAGAAUAUAACUCUAUGCAGAAA